UUUCUCAUGAAAAGUGUCAAUUUAUGUCCAAAAUUAAAUUUCACUACUUUUUUGAUAAAUAAAACCCCUAAACAUUUUUUUCCAAAAAAUAGUCAUGAUUUUGCACUUAAUUCAUCAAAAAACAUUUAAUUUAAUCAUUUUUUACUCACAAGAAAAAAAUUUUAAAGUUUCAAAUAUCAGAUCGGUAACAUGUCCCACCUAAGGAUUUUAAACAUGCAAACAAAUCAUGUGCAUUUUAUAAUAUCGUUUUGAAACACUGUUAUACUAAAACGUAUUUCAUUUUUAACGCUCUGUUUAUAUUUUAUUCGAUUUUUAUAAAUAUCUUCUCGUAAUUGGCGAACAGACGCAAAACAGGUGCGUCCCAAGUUUCUCUGUCAGAUCGGUAACACGAACAUAUCAAAGCUAUUUUCUGACUCAAAACUUUACUUCCGGCAGAGAUACCACGUGAUCGGAACAAGGUACGCAAGAUGGAUGCCGAGAUAUUCGCCAUUUUUCGUUACUGUUCCUGAAAUGACAGUGUCAAGAGAAGUUUAAACUUACUCUUUGUCGUGGAGAUGUCUAAGAAAAUCUCAAAAAAGAAGCUUAGUGAAAAAGAAAUGGAUGAAAAACGUAAAAAAUGUCGUGAACGUGUUAGAAAACACAGAGCAAAAAUGACAGAAGAAAAGAAAGCUGAGAAAAAAGCAAAGGAUCGAGAAUACAAACAAAAAAUGAAAGAGGCUGGAGUUAUCAAAAAUAUAAAUGAAUUAUCAAAUAGACAGAAGCGGAUGAAGCGGAGACAGUGGAAAAAAGACUCUCGCAACUACAGAAGAAAACAAAUUAUGAAGAAAGAAGAAAUAGUAAAAGAAUCAACAACACUUGGAAGAAAAGGAUCCCCAAGGGUACCAGCUGGGAGAAAAGUGGCCAAACGUACUUAUAUGAAAAUGAGAAGAGAUAUUCAAUCAAUGAAAACUAAAAUAAACAAAAAAGAUAAAAAGAUUGAAACUUUAAGGAAACAAGUUUAUCGCCUCCAAAACAAAAAAAAUGUGGACCUUUCCCCUCGUAAACAAGUGAAGAAGAUUGUAGGUAGAAAGAAAGUUUCACCUGCUAUUAGGAAAAAUUUACUUCUAAGUUAUGCUCUUAUGUCAGGCCUGUCAGAUAAAAAGAAAAAAACCUGUCAAAAUGAGAAGGAGAGACGAAUGUUCAAUCAUAUAAUUUCCCUUAAAAUUAUUAAGAAAUAUAGAAUGAUUGGCCAUCUGAAAAAUAUUAUAUCUUACCAAGAGUUCAGAAAAGGUUUAAAAAUGAAAAACGUCUACUUCAAACGAUCCAACAGAAAUCAAAAAGAACGACUUAAACUGCAACAAUCAGUGCACAAGUUUUUGGAGGAGGAUAUAAAUAGUUGCAUGGCACCUGGUGCAAAAGACUGCAUUACAAGAAACAAAGUAAAACACCAAAAGAGAUACCUAAGAAACACAAUGCAGAAUUUGCAUAAAAUGUUUCUGGAAAGAAAUAAUACAAAGAUUAGCUAUUCAACUUUUUGCAGAUUAAAACCCUUUUGGAUACUCAAACCAAAGGUAACCAGUCGGGAUACUUGUUUAUGCACAAAGCAUGCAAAUUUUGAAUUUCUUUCGAUGAAACUAAAUUACCACCAACUUAUAAAAGAAAGACAAGCGGAAGAAUUAUGCACCAAAGUUUGCUGCGAUGAAAAAAACAAGGACUGUAUGGAGAGAAACUGUAGUAGGUGUAAAAACAAGACUCUCCCGGUAACCUUAAUCGGAACUUCAUUAAAGGAAGAAGAUGAGACAUUUUAUUACCAGUGGGUUAAAAAAAGAGAGAAGAUAAAAGAUAAGAAUGGGAAGGACAAAGUAAUUACAAUUACAAUUAAAGAUAAAAUUGUCUGCACAGUUGGAGAGUUAAUCAGUAAAGCAAAUAUUCAAAUUGAACCUUUUUUGAAGCACGUGUUUAUCAUGAGACAUCAGUUUAAUGCUGUCAAAAAAAUAAAAGGUUCUCUCAAUGCAAAUGAAGUAAUCGUUUUAAUUGACUUUUCUCAAAAUUAUGCUUGUAAAUUUGGAUCGGAGAUUCAGACCAUGCACUUUGGUUCUAAUAAGCCUCAGGUUACAUUACACACAGGUGUUUUGUAUCACAAUGAUGUACAACACUGUCAUUAUGAUCCAUCCAAGCUUGAGCAGGUUAUAUCUUUCUGUUCAGUUUCACCCUCCCUCCGUCAUGAUCCAAGUGCAAUUUGGGCCCACCUCCAACCUGUAUUAAAGUUAAUAAAGGAAUAUCUGCCUAGUGUGGAUACUAUACACUUUCAAAGUGAUGGACCAACUCCACAAUACAGAAACAAAUGCAACUUUUUUCUUCUAACUUAUUUUGCCUCAGCAUUUGCUUUUAAGGAGGUCACAUGGAAUUUCUCGGCAGCUGGGCAUGGGAAGGGUGCAGCAGAUGGUGUUGGUGGAUCAAUUAAAAAUAUUGCUGAUCAUGUUGUAGCUUGUGGAUCUGAUAUACCAAACUCCAGUGAACUGCUUAAGGUCUUGAGAGAAAAAGAAUUGAAAGUUAAGAUCUUCGAAAUUACAGAGGAAGAUAUUAAAAAAAUAGAUAGCUUUGUCAACAUUUUAUUGGAACCAAUUCCAAACACAAUGAAAUUACAUCAAGUUACUUGGAGUCACACGAAACCUAAAGACUUAUCCCUAAGAUUACUCAGUUGCUUCAGCUGCAUGGGAGAUGAAAUUUGUAAGCAUUUUGCACCAAGUCCUGCCACAUUUACAUUUCCUGAAGAAAAUGUUCUUCACCAAAAAAUUGAAAAGAAAUCUACAAAUAUAGCUGUAGGUGAUUGGCUAGCUGUUAUUUAUGACAAUUUGUGGUAUCCUGGUUCAGUAGAAGAAAUUCAAGAAGAUGGUUUUGUGCUGUCAUUUAUGCAUUGUUCUGGAGAUAAAUUUUAUUGGCCAUCACCCGAGGAAAAAUUUACAGUUCCUGAAAAUGAAAUUAUGUGUAUAAUAUCUGAUGCACCACAACCGAUCUCUAGACGCCAUUUCAUUAUUCAAAAUAAAAAAAAAUAUGAUGACAUAUUGAUUAACAUUUUAAAUUCAUAAUGUAAAAGUCAUUGAUCAUGAAAUAAAGUAAAUGUGUUUA